AUGGUAGAUGAUGAGUUUUAUAGGUUGCCGGUCGCCGGAGAUCGGAACCUCGGCUCUGAUACCAAGUUCAUAAUAACAGAAGGAAGUUCAAAGGACUUUGUAACACAAUAUGAAGCCUUUACUUAUCAAACUAAUUCAAGAGCCAAAGUGAAUGAAUAUUCAUCUCUUAAGGACACAAUUUUUGGAGACAAAGGAAUAGAUUGUGCUUUCCCUUCUGUAGAAGAAGGAGUUGCAUUUAUCUUCUCCGAUAACCUUUGUGCCAAAUGGUCUUACGGUCUAAAAAACCCAAAGAACAAGCUCUUGGUAGGGCCUUCCCCAAUUGAAGAGGUAUUCCCUUAUUUGAAGGGUACUGUUUUUGCGAAUGGGUUGGAUGCUGCAUUUGAGACAUCACGUCCUUAUGAAUUUUACCUAUUUAAGGGAGAUAAUUAUGCUCGUAUCUUCUAUGAGGGUGCUGGAAAACUGUUGAACAGUAGCCCCAUACGCCAAAACUGGGUGACAUUAAGAGGGACUAUCUUUGAAAAAAGCAUAGAUGGUUCCUUUUCUUUGGAUCAUGAUACUUAUCCGAAUUCGGUAUACAUUUUUAAAGGAGAUACCUAUGCUCGUGUCACCUACACACCUGGCACCGCUACGGAGAAACUAGACAACUUGGCAAAAAUCAAGAGCUACUGGACUGGUUUAGGAAGCAUGUUGCCUCGUUCUAAUCAUUGA